AUCUCGGAGGCGGGUCUUCUCUGUGCGUAAGCACACUGUCUCUCGCGAUAUUUCCUUUGGUAUAUAGAUGCAGUUCGCCCCUCUGUAGGCCUCUUUGAAUCGGAUUGGAGACAAAAUGUCCCACCGUAAGUUUUCGGCCCCCCGUCACGGGUCUCUGGGCUUUUUGCCCCGCAAGAGAAGCAAACGUCAUCGUGGUAAGGCCAAGAGCUUCCCCAAGGAUGACCCCAGCAAGCCCGUCCACCUCACUGCCUUCCUGGGCUACAAGGCCGGCAUGACGCACAUUGUCCGUGAGGUCGACAGACCUGGCUCAAAGGUGAACAAGAAGGAAGUUGUUGAGGCUGUGACCAUUGUGGAAACUCCUCCUAUGAUCGUGGUCGGGGUUGUGGGUUAUGUCAACACCCCCCGUGGCCUGCGUUCCCUGAGAACCAUCUUUGCUGAGCAUGUCAGUGAUGAGUGCAAGCGUCGCUUCUACAAGAACUGGUACAAGUCCAAGAAGAAGGCCUUCACCAAGUACUGCAAGAAAUGGCAGGAUGAUGAGGGCAAGAAGCAGCUGGAGAAGGACUUUGCUGCCAUGAAGAAGUACUGCCAGGUCAUCCGCAUCAUCGCCCACACACAGAUGCGUCUGCUGCCUCUGAGGCAGAAGAAGGCUCACCUGAUGGAGGUUCAGCUUAACGGCGGCACCAUCUCUGAUAAGGUGGACUGGGCUCGUGAGAAGCUGGAGCAGGCUGUCCCCAUCGGUAGCGUCUUCUCCCAGGAUGAGAUGAUCGACGUCAUUGGUGUCACUAAGGGUCAUGGAUACAAGGGUGUCACCAGCCGUUGGCACACAAAGAAACUUCCCCGCAAGACCCAUCGUGGUCUGCGUAAGGUGGCCUGUAUCGGUGCCUGGCAUCCUGCCCGUGUGGCCUUCUCUGUGGCCCGUGCUGGUCAGAAGGGUUACCACCACCGUACCGAGAUCAACAAGAAGAUCUACAAGAUCGGUCAGGGCUACCACACCAAGGAUGGAAAGCUGGUGAAGAACAACGCCUCCACUGAGUACGAUCUGUCCAACAAGAGCAUCAACCCCCUGGGUGGAUUUGUUCACUAUGGAGAGGUGACCAAUGACUUCGUCAUGGUAAAGGGCUGUGUUGUGGGGACCAAGAAGAGGGUGCUGACUCUGCGCAAGUCUCUGCUGGUGCAGACCAGCCGUCGUGCUUUGGAGAAGAUCGACCUCAAGUUUAUCGACACCACCUCCAAGUUCGGUCAUGGUCGCUUCCAGACCCUGGAGGAAAAGAAGGCGUUCAUGGGACCACUCAAGAAGGACCGCAUUGCCAAGGAGGAGACCGCCUAAAGUCCCCGACUACAGACGAUGUCUCUGCUGCACAGACUGUCACCAUCUUUACUGUAGUGCAGAGUUAUUUAAUAAAAGUAAAAGCCAAAAA